AUGGCACCACGACGAUACGAAGCAGAGCACAAGGACCCUGCCCCAUUGAGCAAGCCUCUCGAGUUUGCCUUCUCCAAGAAGACUGCUCAGAACCGAUUCCUCAAGGGUGCUAUGACCGAGCGUCUAUCAUCAUGGGAUGCCCAGAACCUCGAAGCUCGUGGUGUUCCCUCCAAGAACCUUGUCAACGUAUACCGACGAUGGGGUGAGGGCGAGUUUGGUGUCAUCCUUACCGGCAACAUUAUGAUUGAGUACGACCACUUGGAAGCUGCUGGCAACCCCAUCAUCCCUCGCGGCUCAAAGUAUGAGGGCGAGCGAUUUGAGAUGUUCAGGGAACUUGCGACACAAUCUAAGAAGCACGGCUCUUUGAUCGUUGGACAAGUCAGCCACCCAGGUCGCCAGGUAGCUGAGAACAUCCAAAAGAAGCCAAUCUCUGCAUCCGACGUGCAACUAGAAGGCAAUGUUAUGGGCAUGACCUUCGGCAAGCCCCGCGCCGCAACCGACGAGGAUAUCAAGAACGUUAUCGAAGGCUUCGCUCACGCAGCUGAGUACCUAGAAAAGGCUGGCUACGACGGCAUUCAGCUUCACGGAGCUCACGGCUACCUGCUCGCGCAAUUCCUCUCUCCGACUACCAACAAGCGUACCGACAACUACGGCGGAUCCCUUGAGAACCGUGCGCGCAUCAUCACCGAGAUCGGCCAGGAAGUACGCAAGCGCACAUCGUCCAACUUUGUACUUGGCAUCAAGCUCAACUCUGUUGAGUUCCAAGACAAGGGUUUCGGCACCGAGGAGGCUGCAACUUUGUGCAAGCUGCUUGAAGACAACAGCUUCGACUUUGUUGAGUUGUCUGGUGGUACUUACGAGCAGCUUGCGUUUGGUCACAAGCGCGAGUCGACAAAGAAGCGUGAAGCUUUCUUCCUCGAGUUUGCUGAGAAGAUCACACCCUCACUCUCCAAGACCAGGACCUACGUCACUGGUGGCUUGAAGAGUGCUGCUGCCAUGGUCGACGCACUUAACACUGUCGACGGUGUUGGACUCGCCCGUCCAGUGUGCUUGGAGCCUGAGCUCCCUCGUCAAAUCAUCAACGGCGAGGUUCACGCGGCUAUCAACCAAUUGACAGACGACAAUGACUUUGGCGCCACCAACGUUGCGGCAGGCACGCAGAUCAGGCAAUUGGGCAAGGACCAGCAGCCUAUUGAUCUGAGCGACAAGAGCAACUUGGAGGCAUUCCAGAAGGACAUGGCUACAUGGGCUCAAGGCUUCUCAGACGACAAGACCGGAAGCAAGUACGGUUACGUCGAUAUUGAGAGUGUGAAGGCCGUGCCUUAUGGCACCGCUGCACCUGCUUCAUAA